GCGAAAAUGACCGUACGUUCUGCUCGGGAAAAGAAGGGUGGUGGUCAGCUGGGCUUUCUACCGUGAGGUCGUAUUGCAGCACUCAUGUGCUCUAUUCGAGGAAACCGGGGAAGUGCAAUGCACGUCGCUUGGUGCCAUGCACCAGGAUGCGGGGAAAGGGGGCGAGGGAAAGAGAGGUGGGUUACCUCCGCGAACGUUCACAGUAGCAAUCAAUCAAGCAAGCAAUCAAGCGAUCGUGUACAUCGUCUGUCUAUCUAAUCAACACGUGGCGAGAGGUGAAGGGUGCAAUCAACGGCGGCGAUGGCAGCGGCGGCAGCAGCAAUGACGGCAGCUCGGGCGGCGGCGACGCCAAUCUUCCGAAGCGCGUUGGGGCAUCCCACGGGCGGUGGCCGAUCAGAGGCCACGUGUCGUCCAUCCGGCGGCCUGUGUGCGAGCCACGUGUCAUUGUCCCGGAAGAAGAGUCUCAGAGUGCAAGCAACGCAGCAAGGCCUGGCAAGCAGCACCUGCGUCCCGACGUGUCUGCAGCUGAGCUCAGGCUUGCGGUCCACCCGUCCCGACGGAAGAUUGCUGUCUGCCACGUGGCAGCACGAAGACAUAGCAUGUGAUCAGCGAAGGAGGAGGACGACGAUGAUCUGCGCCUCGGCAGCUCCCGUCGCUCAGACGGCUAUGGCGGCCACGUCACUAAUUACCCUCCUCCCUCCUCAAUUUGGCUUCGUCACUCUCACGGCCUUGUCCAGUGCCGUUCUGGUUCAAUGGCAGGCUUUAAUGGUCGCAGGGCAGAGAAAGAAAUUGGGAAUUAAGUACCCCACAAUGUACGAGGACAAGCCAGAUUCGGUGUUUAAUUGCUAUCAGCGAGCGCAUGCCAAUACGCUGGAAUAUUACCCCCAGUUCCUUAGCCUGCUGCUGCUCGGCGGCCUGACCUACCCAGUGACAGCUGCAGGGUUCGGGAUGCUGUGGGUGGUAGGUCGAGUGUUUUACUCUCUAGGGUAUUACACUGGCAAUCCAGCAAAUAGAAUGAGAGGAGCAUGGAAUUUCUUCGGAUUAUUUGGAUUAAUGAUUUUGGCGGGGGUAGUAGGGGUUCAACAGGUUAAGGCUAUGCUUUAGAGGCUUAAUUAGGUAGGUUGUUUUUUUUUUAUUUUUUUAUUUUUUUUUAAUUUUUUUUUACCCUUGUUUCGUGGAUAGCAACUUAUGCGAAGGAGGCGGGUUUUGCUGGAGAUAAAGUGUCCCCGUCCUC